CCUCUCUCCCCCUUCCUCCCCUCCCUUCCUUUCCCUCUAACUCUCAACCACAGCAAAGAAAGAUUUCUACCUGGGAGACAACACAUUUUCAAACCUUGAAGAAGACCUUUUGAAUAAAGAAGAGGGAGAACUAUUUCUCGAGAGUGAUCAUAAAAAUGUUAACUUCUUUGGGGAUAAAGAGGAACCAUCUGGGAUAGAUGGAAACUUCUUAGACUAUUUGAAAGAAACUGGACCAAGAGAAUCUACCAAGCAAGGAAGUGGUUUACAAGAUGAAAUAAUGGAUUCUGUAAGACAGUAUUAUGUACAACUAAAUGAUCUUCUUGAAAGAAAUGGAUUCUCCUUGAUGGGAGACUUCUGGAAAGUUACCUCCUCUGAAAUCCAGAAAACACUUGAUGUAGUUAGUUACCUGUUAAAACAAAGAGGAGAGGAUCAGAACUCCAAAAUUUCUAUUGCUGAUGAGUCUAAAAGUAUGAGAAUCCAAAUCAGAGAGCUUAAUAAACAACUAGAGGAUCUUAAGAAGGAGAGAGCACAGCUAAAACGGGAUAAAAAGAACCUCACUACUCAGGUUGAGCUUCAAGAGAAAGAAGCAACCAAAGCUCUCAGAAGUAAGGCAUCCACUGAAAUGGAAAGCAAGAAGGAUAUUUCAAAGUUAACUCGAGCUUCUCAAAUGUACCAGCAUGAACUUAAGAAAAAAGAAAAUGAGUUGUUUAGGAUAAAAUAAACAAAUGACAAAAAUUCUUGAUGAAAAGACAACUUUCAGCAAUAGUUAUAUGGAGAUAAAAGGCUCUGCAGAUAUGAAGAGAAUCGCUAAAAUCUGCGAUGAGCAUAGAACCAAAGGAGAUAUCGAGUUUGUAGAAAUGCUCAAGAAUGGGUUUGAUUCUACCUAUAAUGUCCUUGUGGAGGAGAACAGUCAACUCCGUGGUUGAUUGCUCACUCUUCAGACUGAAAUGAAGACUUUAGUUGAUGGAAAAAUGAACAGUUUAAAAGCAAUUAAAUCGAAGUUUAAAGAUGACCUUCUUAAAGAAACCAACAUGAAACUCUAUCGCUUAAAGGUGAUCGAGCCCAAAGCAUUUAACCUGUCUCUAAAUGAAAACAUUAAUGACCUUUUGGGUAUUUUUAAAGAGAACCUUGAUAGGAUUGCUUCCUUUAUUGAUGCUAUCAUCAACCCUAUCCAACUCUUUCAAUUCAUGGAUAGACUAAACGACUCCUUUGGAAAGAAGUUCACUAAGGUUAAAAACUUAGACGAUCUCUACAAAAUAAUCAACUCUGAAACAAGAGCAGUGAAGGAUAGUGAUCUGAGUGAAGAAUGACUUAACAAACCAAUCAAGAAAUCAGGCGAAGAAUUAGAGCAUCCCCUCAACAAUGAAAGAAUAACUGCGAAGUGGAACACCGACUUUGCUACAGAGACAGGCGAAGAAGAAGGUAUCUAUAAGAAUAAUUCACAUACCCAAAGUACAAAUCAGCAAGAAUCCAUGGAGACAUCACUUAAGAAGAAGAAAGUACAGGUUGAGAGAAAGAAGUGGGAAAAUAUCAUUAAAUCAGAAAAAUCCAACACAUUUUUCUUUGAUUCAGAUGGGAGCGAUUAAUUUUAGAAUUGAAGGUUUUGUCCUAAACUAGCUAAAUUUUA